AAAAACCAUAUGCCCUACCAGUUUGCUAUGUGCCAUGCAGAACUCUGAGGGAUCAGUUCAUUAGACCAAGGAUCUUAAACAGGAGAUGAAGAAACGGGAUUUAUACCUUACAGGUACUGUCACUGAUGGAGAGUUCUGCUCUUUGAGGUCUCAAGGUGAGACACGGCCUUUGCAUCUCUGGCAGAUAAUUCAUGAUGCUAAAGAAAGUGUCAGCAAAUGCAGCAAGAAAACGCUCCUUGAUAAACUUGAACUGAUUGGUGUUGAUCCAGAUGGGAAACCACUGACAAGGUUGCCAUACACAGAUAUACCACAUGAUGUUAUAUCCCAGAUUCAUGACCUCAGAUAUGGUGAUGAGAGAAUGUCACUGGAAGAUGUGGUGACCUUUGUGCGUGGCAAGCUUGUUCCAACUGGGUACAGCCCAUAUCCAUUCAGGCGUGACACACCAGAAUCACUAUUGGACAAACUUCGUUCAAUUGUUGCCACAUUCAAAUUUAGGGCAACCAUUGACUACUGGAAAGAAAGAGAAGUGGACUUUUCCACUUAUCUCUAUAUACCAGAAAUUGAUCCUGUGACUGGCCAGGAGAGACAUGAUCGUGGUGACCACAACCAUCUGUUUCGUCGCGCAGCAAGCAGCAUCAGACAGGGCAGAGAUCCUUCUCUGAAUUUUGAGGCAUUUGAUGAUGUCCUUAUGGAUUCUCUCAGUGGACUUACUCACGCAGCACUCAUUGGAAAGAGGAAACAAUCCCUUGUUGAUGCGGAAAGGCUGAUAUCAACUCAUGUUGUUUCCUCACUUCGUCGCAGUGCACAUCACCAAGAGGCUCGUCACAUUGAAGUCCUAACACAGUGGCACGAAGCCACUGAUGGUAGAGGUCUCAGUCAGCUACAGCGUUGCAAGUACAACUACCAGAUACUAAACUACAUCUUGGAUGAAUGGAUGCCAUGGCAUGUUGAGAACUAUGACUUCAGAUCCAUUGACAUCAACAAACCAGUUGACUGCAUCAGAGGUUUCUCCAGAGAAACCCUUAUAGAGAUGACUUCGAACAUAGAAAGUCAGGAACUCCACCGGCGACAAAAUUGGGAGAUUGGCUAUGCAGAGCAUCCCAGGGCAGGGGGAACAGAUGACCUGGAAACCUUUUUCAGCAUUGCUCACCGCUACCUUGGAAUGCUUUUCUCCCUCAAGCAGUUCAAAGAGAUGUGGCAAAAACUAGUCAGGGAAUUCUGCAAGAGAAUGGACCACAGUCUCCCAUUCUACUUCUUCACCCUAAAUGAAAGAUUUAGAGGCGAAGACAACUAUCCAUCUUUUGAUGAAUGCCCACAAAUAGAUGAUGAUGUUGAACCGGCUCAUCACCCUCUGCGACUUCACCGUUUGCGGAUCAAUCAAAGAGAAGAUGGCUCCAUUUUUGUUCCAGGGAGAGCCUUCCUAUCUGCGCGACAUCGAGGCUCCAUUCGGCAACGUUUGCAUAAGCCUAUUUUGGGACAACCACCAGUGCCCCAUCACAUGGAGCUAAACCAAUAGAGUUAAAUGGCUUGUUUUGUGUUUUACUUAUUGAGUAGUAAUUUCUAGAAAUCAGUGAAAAACUCAUACAAUAAGACCAGAAGAAAAUUCUUUGUACAAAAACUGUAUAAAGAGAAUUUCCAAAAAUUUAGUAAGUGUUCACUGAAACCUCUUUAGUUAAUGGUUGGUAUGUGUCAUGUACAGUAUUGUACAUGAUGAAACAACGAUCAUUGUUUUGCUAUUUAUUAAUUGAUCUCCUGCAAGGCAAGUUAGUAAACAACUUAUUAAUAUUAUUGUACAAAAUGUAUGUUUACAUGUUUUACUAGAAAUACAUACAUCUGUAGCACAAGGUACCGGUACAUGUAUGUAAAAACUGGUUGCAGGUUUUAAGAAGUCAAUUUGGUGAAUUGGUUGAAUUGAGAGCAAAAAUUUUGAGUCCAUUUACGUUCAUGUUGUGAAGAAACAGAAAGUGGGUCUUAGAUACCACAAGAUGAUGUUAAUAAGUUACCUUCUACACUGGAUUACAUUAGCUGUGCAUUCUUUACAAUCUCAGUAGUAAGCCACAUUGUUCAAUUCCAUACUAAGUGACUGGAGGAGAUGGCAGAAGUUUGCUUAUGUCAAGUACAGUAUUUACAAAAUGUAAUUUACAUAAUGGUGGUACACCAUACAUGUAUGUACCAUUAAAGAAUUACGAAUAUGAAUACUUUCUA